AUGAGGCUGAUCAGAGAAGGCGAGGCACUGGUGAGCGUCGCCGGGGCUCCGGCGGCGACCGGCCUCGGCCACGGCGUGCACCCGGGGCUGUGGAGGACGCCGAUGCCGUACCUCUUCCUCGGCUUCGCGCUCAUGAUGGGGCUCAUCGUGGUGGCGCUGCUCGUGCUCGUCUGCACGCGCCGCAAGCUGUCCGGAUCGUCGCGGCGGGGGAGCACCGCCGAGGACGCGUCGGCCCGCAGGAUGGUGCCGCUCGACAGGGAGCCCAAGGUCGUCGUCAUCAUGGCUGGCGACGACAUGCCGUCCUUCCUCGCCAGCGCCAGGCCGUUCGCGUUCCCUGACGCCGUCGAGCCGCCACGCCAGGCAGACGCGGUCUAA